AGCAACAAAUCAGGUAAAAGCUAGUACCACUAUAUUAUCAAACAAGGUUGGGCUCUUUAGGUGACAAAAAGACCAGAAGUUCUCGUCAAUACGGCCCAGCUAACAAUUUCUUGGGUACGGAGGUGGCCCAGCCCAAUAAGCUUUACUCGAUUUUAUUAGUAGUGUGAAGGAAAUACGGAAUGAACAACUCUGAAAUUUGUAAGGAAAAAAAGAAGAAAAAAACGUAGGAAAUGCUCUCCAGCAAGGGAUCGGGGAAGAAACUCACGAUCAUCGAUUGUGCCUCGCCCGAGGGGAAAAGCAAUCAGCGGGGAUCUCAAAUGAUAUAUAUAUCAGUCCUCCUCCGUUCGCCUGAUCCAGUCACUGAACCAGUCAAAUCUAUCACUCGCCAUGAAUCCUGGUGGUCAACCCCCCGCAGCAGCUGCCGCAGCUCCUCUCGCCCAUGACGGCGUUCCUCUGGCCGCCGAUCCUCUGGCCGCUCCUCACGUCGCCGCAGCCGCCGAUCCUCUGGCCGCUCCUCACGUCGCCGCAGCCGCCGAUCCUCUGGCCGCUCCUCACGUCGCCGCAGCCGCCGCUCCUCUGGCCGCCGCAGACGCCGCUCCUCACGUCGCCGCAGACGCCGCUCCUCACGUCGCCGCAGACGCCGCUCCUCACGUCGCCGCAGACGCCGCUCCUCACGUCGCCGCAGACGCCGCUCCUCACGUCGCCGCAGCCGCCGCUCCUCACGUCGCCGCAGCCGCCGCUCCUCACGUCGCCGCAGCCGCCGCUCCUCACGUCGCCGCAGCCGCCGCUCCUCACGUCGCCGCAGCCGCCGCUCCUCACGUCGCCGCAGCCGCCGAUCCUUACGUCGCCGCAGCCGCCGAUCCUCUCGCGGAUCCUCACGCCGCCGAUCCUCUCGCGGAUCCUCUCGCCGCCGAUCCUCCUCUCGCGGAUCCUCUCCUCGCCGAUCCUCCUCUCGCGGAUCCUCUCCUCGCCGAUCCUCCUCUCGCGGAUCCUCCUCUCGCGGAUCCUCUCCUCGCCGAUCCUCCUCUCGCCGAUCCUCCUCUCGCGGAUCCUCUCCUCGCUGAUCCUCUCGCGGAUCCUCUCGCCGUUCCUCACGGCGCAGAUCCUCUCCCCGCGGCUGACGCCGAUCAUCUCCCGGAAGCUCACGCCGUUAUACUUGCUGCCGCCGAUCCCGACGCUCCAAUCGUUCCCGAUCCCGAAGCCGCUCCCAGGACAGUUGCCGUCAUUCAAGCUGAGAUCGAGGAACUCAAGCGAGCACAGAGGAGGACUCAAUUUGAAAUGCACAGGCAGUUUCUGAUCGGUAUGAUUCAAGAACUCCGACGAGAGAAACGGUUAGUAGCAGCAGCAGCAGGAGCACCAGAAGAAGAAGAAGAAGAAGAAGAAGAAGAAGAAGAAGAAGACGACGACGAUUGAAGGUACAUAUAGUCAAAUCUUCGAGCUAUGAUAGAUCUGAACUUCUUCUCUGAUAUUGUAGACGAUGUUUCUGCAUUUCCUAUUCCUAUCUUGUAAAUGACCUCGUUCAGCAUUUUCUGCAUUUCCUAUUGCUUCCUCAUAAUCUUGAUCUAGGAGAUGGCCAAGCUGCAUCUGUUUGUUCUGAGUAUCGAUUCCAGGUUGUGUGUGUAUAUCGGAGGCUUGUUAUUCAACCAGGCUAGACGUGUUUUGUUCCGAGUUAGGAGAAUGUAGUUUCCUGCAAUGGAGAGUUGUUUUGGGUGUAUAUUCAGCUUCAUCUUCCUAGGAUUGCGGUGUUUAAUCCUUUCUGCCCCGAUAUACCUCCGGCUUGUAUCGAUGAUCCUCAACUCCUACUGAAACCAUGGUGGGAUAUUCCGGUACCACAGGGUGCUCUGCACGUAUCUGUUUGGCCUAUCAAUUCCAAGGUAUGAGAAAUUACGAGUUAUCUAUGUUGGAAGUUAUAGCUGUUGGGUUCUCUUGAGCAGAUCUAUUGUCAUAAAUUCCACUCUUUACUAUUUGGUCUAUUGUAAUGGGUUGUGUUUUCUGUCUACUGGUUUUUAGCUUUGAUAUAGUUAGUUUAUGUCAAAUUGGAAUAGAAGAUCUCGUAACAGUAUACCUUUUAAGGAAGAAAAAAGGCACAGCCCAGGUUUCCAGGAUGCUGAAUAAGAGAGUAUGGUUUUCGAAAUGCAGCCUCAUUAUUGAGUCUUUUGUGCCAUAUGCCAUAGAUCAUGGGGAUUGUCCACUUUCACCUGAUUUUUAACCUCAACUUUAUCUGUUUGCAAAAUCGAUCCUCUCACUUGGUAGGUUGUCAAGUAUUUACUGACUGAUACUUAAUUAUGUUGUGCUAUUACAUAUGUGCCCAGUGCCGUAAUAAAAAGAGCAGGUGAGGGAAUCUGUUCAUUAGCAUUCAAGUUUACCAAGUCCUGUUUGUGUUCAUGAUGAGUCUAUUUUGUUAUCAGAAGUAAUUGACCAGUUUCAGUGUUCAUCAAGCGUUAUAACAGUGGAUCUUUCAUGAAGAGUUAUAGUUGCUGGUUAUUUUUAUGGUUGUCAUGGAAUGUUAAUCCCUGUUUGUGUUGAUGAUGAGUCUAUUUUGUUAUCAGAAGUAAUUGUCCAGUUUCAGUGUUCAUCAAGAGUUAUGGCAGUGGAUCUUUCAUGAAGGGUUAUAAUUGCUGGUUAUUUGUAUGGUUCUCAUGGAAUGUUAAUCUGUUUCUUCAGCACUGUACCAGGGAUAAAGUUGUUGUUGUGUUGGCUUUAUGUCAAUGGAUAUUUCAUCAGCUUUUCUCAGUUGCUCUUUCUUUAUAUUGUUGUCAUGGAAUGGUUUAGCAUGCGGCUUAUUUGUGGCAUAUUUUAUGGCGCCCAAUUUAGGGCUUUGAUGGUGACAGCUGAGCGAUUUAAAUUUGGCUAUAGAUACCGCCAAUUUCCUUCGCAUGCAUGUUAUAUUGUCCUGUGAAUCCCUUUCUAUGUCUCCUCUCCUGGAUUUGGCCGGAAACAGACUGACUCAAUCUUCUAAUUCAUCUUGGAACCCACUUGUGCUUUUCUCAUCAUGGUUCCCCGUACCAAAACCUAUUUGCAGCAACAUCAUUCUACAGUCAGUAGAAUAGUGAGGGGGUGGUCACCAAUGUUAAGACAUUGUAGGUGAGAAAUAUACUGAUUAUGAGUGG